AUGGAGGAGCGCCGCCGGGGGAGAGCGCGUGCCGAAGACCUGCCCGCGCUGAGCCGCGCUCCUCUUCCCUGGAUUGUACAACCCGCCCGCGGGGGCGAUACGGCUCAGGCCGGCCUCUCCUCCUUCUGGGAUGUACUGGGAUUCUCUGGGAUUGUGCUGGAUUACACGCCCUGGGAGAACCUGGCCUCCGGGCACGCCGGCACGCCGGGCGGAGGCGCUGUGAAGACCAGGAAGACGGGCCGCAGGAAGACGGGUGGACAGUGGGACCGGGGCUACCACCACAGCCGCAGCCGGUCGCCCCACUCCUCGCAGUCGCGCAACCCCUCUCCCCAGCGGCUGGCCAGCCAGGCCGCGCGCCCCCCGCGCUCCCCCAGCGGCUCCGGCUCGCACAGCCGCUCCUCCAGCUCGGACUCCGUCAGCAGCAGCAGCAGCACCAGCAGCGACAGCAGCGACUCCAGCAGCAGCUCGAGCGAUGAGUCGCCGGCGCGGUCGGUGCAGUCCGCCGCUGUCCCCGCGCCCCCGGUGCAGCCGCCGCCGGCCCUGGACAAAGACGAGCCGCGCAAGAGCUUUGGCAUCAAGGUGCAGAACCUGCCUGUCCGCUCCACAGACACGAGCCUGAAGGACGGGCUGUUCCACGAGUUUAAGAAAUACGGGAAGGUGACGUCGGUGCAGAUCCACGGCGCCUCGGAGGAGCGCUACGGCCUGGUGUUCUUCCGCCAGCAGGAGGACCAGGAGAAGGCCCUGAGCGCCUCCAAGGGCAAGCUGUUCUUCGGCAUGCAGAUCGAGGUCACGGCCUGGAGCGGCCCAGAGACCGAGAGCGAGAACGAGUUCCGGCCGCUGGACGAGAGGAUCGACGAGUUCCACCCCAAGGCCACGCGGACGCUGUUCAUCGGGAACCUGGAGAAGACGACCAGCUACCACGACCUGCUCAACAUCUUCCAGCGCUUCGGGGAGAUCGUGGACAUUGACAUCAAGAAGGUGAAUGGGGCCCCCCAAUACGCCUUCCUGCAGUACUGCGACAUCGCCAGCGUCUGCAAGGCCAUCAAGAAGAUGGACGGGGAGUAUCUGGGCAACAACAGGCUCAAGCUGGGCUUCGGGAAGAGCAUGCCCACCACCUGCGUGUGGCUGGACGGGCUGGCCUCCAACAUCACCGAGCAGUACCUCACGCGCCACUUCUGCCGCUACGGCCACGUCGUUAAGGUGGUGUUCGACCGGCUGAAGGGGAUGGCGCUGAUCCUGUACAACAACAUCGAGUACGCCCAGGCCGCCGUCAAGGAGACCAAGGGCUGGAAGAUCGGGGGCAACAAGAUCAAGGUUGAUUUCGCCAACCAGGAGAGUCAGAUGGCUUUUUAUCGCUCAAUGCAGGCAUCUGGGCAAGACAUCAGAGACUUCUAUGAAAUCCUGUCUGAGAGGAGAGACGAGCGCCGGCCGCCAUAUCACGAGUACUCGGCCGAACGCGCCUAUUACGACAACGUCCGAACUCCAGGCACGUACACGGAGGAUCCCCGCCGGGAGUAUCCUGCCCGGAGCCGGGAGUUCUACGCCGAAUGGGACCCUUACCAGGGGGAUUACUACGAUCCGCGGUACUACGACGACCCGCGGGAGUACAGAGACUACAGGGACCCUUACGAACAGGACAUCCGGAAGUACAGCUACCUGCAGCGGGAGCGCGAGAGGGAGCGGGAGCGCUUCGAGACCGACAGGGAGAGGGACCACAACAGGCGGACGAUCGAGCGCAGCCAGAGCCCCAGCCACCCGCGGCGGCCGUCCAGCCCCGCCGCCUCUCCCUCCCCCUCCGAGCGCUUGCCCAGCGACUCCGAGCGGCGCAUCUACAGCCGCUCCUCGGAGCGCAGCGGGAGCUGCAGUUCCCUCUCGCCGCCCCGCUACGAGAAGCUGGACAAAGCCCGGGCGGAUCGCUACCUGAAGACCGACAAGGCGGACAAGGAGCGUCUCUUCGAGACGGAGCGCGUGGAGAAGGACAAGCGUGCGGCUCGCAAAGAGAAGGUGGAGAAGGAGAAGGGAGAGAAGCUGAAGUUCCGCAAAAUCAAGGCCCCGUCUCCCAGCAUUCCGUCCUCGGAGACGGACCCGGAGCCAGAGAGAGAUGCCAGCCCUGACGCGCUGAUGCGUGGGAAGAGCAAGCCGCCGGCCAAGGACAAGGAAGGGUCUGGUAAGAACCGCCUGGACCUGCCGCCCUGCGUAGUGCAGCUCACCCGGGUCAAGGAGAAGGAGGGGAAGCUGCUUGACCAGCCUGGCCCAGAGAAGCAGAGACUGAAAGGGGAGAACGACAGCGUGAGGUCACCGCCGCUGCCUCCUCCACCCCCUAGUGACCCCAAAGGGCCCCUGUCCCGACUGGAGCUCCCUAAGGGGGAGACGAUCAAGCCAGAACAGCCGCGGAGCAAAGCGACGAAGGAGAAAGGUCUGGUCAGCCAAGUGGAGGUCGUGGACAAGGAAGGUAAGGUCAAGCCCAAGAAGCAUCUCAAGGCUGAACCAGGGUCAGAGGGCAGCAACUCCUUGGACAUCGACAGGCUGGAGGCUCGCAAGCGCCGCUUUGCAGACGCCAGCGCGAAGGCGGACAGGCAGCUGAAGAGGAGCAGCCAAGAGGAUGAGGAUGUAAGGCUGGGCCUUAAGAAGCUGUCGGACAGCAGCGGCGGCGUGGCGAGAGACGCGGACGGCGAGAGGAAGGUACAGCGAAAAGAAACGCACAAGAGGGAUCACCGGAAGGUCAAACCGGAGAGGCUGGUGACUGUGUGCAGCCCCAAGGACGGGCACGAGUCGGGAAGCCUCUCUGUGGGGAUCGGAUUGGGUCUCAGCCUGGACCUGCAGGCGAGGCUGGGGGAGCCAGCGGAAGAGAGUGCAGAUCCACAGGAGUUUCCCAGCCGUAAGACCGGCGGCUCAGGCUUGAAGACCCAGCGCAGGGCCAGCCUUUCGCGGAUGUUUUCAGACGACGCAAGCCUGGACCAUGAGGAGACGAGGGAACAGGAGAGGCAGAGCUUCUUGGAGGAUCUCUGUGAGCGCAGCCUGGGGCAGGACAAAGCCAUGGGGUGCAGCGGGGAGUCCGAGGAGCGUCUGCUUCUCGACAUCGACCACUCUCAGAGCUACCGCAAGCAGAUGGAGCAGAGCCGCAGACUCAGACAGCAGAUGCAGGAGGUGGACACCACCACCAAGGCAGAGAAGCCUGAUAGCCCCAGAGGAACGGACUUGGAGGACUUGGAGAGGCGCAGCCUGGUGCAUGAAUUUGACAAGCCGCCUCAAGAUGUCACAGAUGACUCCCCACCUAGCAAGCGCAAGAAGUUGGAGUCUUUUGACUUCGAGUUGAGUGCCAAGAGGGAGCGGAACUAUAGGAGCUCUAGACAGCUGAGCGAGGACUCCGAGAGGAACAUCACGUCUCCUCCAGGGCUGCGGCAUUUCGCUUACCAUGAGGACGAGGGCUCGGCGGACUCCCCCAGGCUGGUGACCGUGAAAGAAACCAAAGAAUCCCCCAAGGCAGAGGAGAAAGUCUUCUCCCACUUGGACGUGCUCAAGUUCACCCCGUUCGAGCCCAGCAGGAGGGCCUCACACCUGGAGCUGCCAAAGCUGAAGUCCCCGUCUCUGAGCUGCAAGGAGGAGGUGCAGCGCUGGGACGGCCGCGUCAAGCUGGAGCCGCUGCGCCUGGACGUCAGCUUUCCCAGCAGCAUCGUGAAGAGGGAGGGCAUCCGCAAGCGGCCGGUGCGGGAGCUCGAGCCGGGAGAGGUGCCCUCGGACUCGGACGAGGACAGCGAGAACAAGAUGAAUUCCCCGAAGCCCUCUACCUCUUUGGAGGGCUCGAGGCUGUCCUACUUCCUGAGGGAGAGGGAGGAACGGCUCUCGGACCUGAAGCUGUCCGGUUCCCUGGAGAGGAACAAAUUCUACUCGUUUGCGCUGGACCAGACGAUCACACCUGACACCAAGGCGCUGCUGGAGAGAGCCAAGUCCCUCUCCUCUUCCCGGGAGGAGAACUGGUCCUUUCUGGACCAGGACUCCAGGUUCGCCAGUUUUCGCAACAGCAAGGACAAGGAAAAGGUCGAGUCGGCUCCUCGGCCCAUCCCCUCUUGGUACAUGAAGAAGAAGAAGAUCCGCACCGACUCUGAGGGAAAGCUGGAUGACAAGAAGGAGGAGCCGAAGGCGGAGGAGCAGGAGCGGCAGGAGCUGUUCGCCUCCCGGUUCUUGCACAGCUCCAUUUUCGAGCAGGACUCCCGGCGCCUGCAGCACCUGGAGCGGAAGGAGGAGGAUCCCGAGCUGGUGGCAGGCAGGCUGUAUGGGAGGCAGCCCUCCUCGGAGGGGCAGCCUGGCCUGGGGGGCGACUUGCUGCAGGAGCCCCAGGUGCUGUUUCACAGCCGCUUUGUGGAGCUGACGCGCCUGCAGCAGAAGGAGAGGGAGAGGGAGCAGAGGCCGCGGGAGGCAGAGAGGGCGAGCCUGGAUGGGCUCUCUCCAUCGGACAAAGAGAAGCAGGAGGGGGAACAGCAGCAGCCCAGGGCUCCAGAGCCUGCUCCAGAGGCAGAGAUAAAACCAGUGACUCCAGUAAGCCCUGCCCCAGUACUGCUGCCACCCCGAGACGUGGUGCAGCAGGAGAAGACAGCAAGCGAAACCCCAGCAAGUGAACCGCUGCCCCCACCCAUGAAGGAUGAGAAGAUGGAGGUCAGCCCAGAGAAGGCCAUUGCACCACCCCUUCCAGCAGAGACUCCUCCGACUGUCCCCGAGAAUCCAGCGCCUCCAGAGCCCGUGUCCUUGGAAGCAGAAGUGAAGGUGGAACCCAAAGAUGAAGUCCUAGAAAUUCGGGCCCCAGCAGAAAACGUCCUCAGUACAGACCACAACUCAUUCCUGGAUAUCAAGCCCCCAACGCCAGGGGCCUCGUUGAGCAACCUGGAGCCCGAGCCAGAGGCCCCCGAGUUCCCCAGUGCUGCUUCCCCGAAGGCAGAAGAAAAGGCCGAGGCAGGUAAAGAGGAAGAGGCCCAGCCCCCAGAGGCCGAGCACCCGGACAGCGAGGCACCACAGAGGGCGGACGAACCCCAAGAGCCGAAGUCCCUCGUCUCCGAUAAUGAUGCGGAAGUGGACCCGGUGCCACCCGUUCGGAAACAGGCCAAGAACAAGCGUGCGAAGGCCCCGCCCACAGUGGCCCAGCCGCUCCCCGCGUCGGCCGGCGGCACAGAGAAACCCGCCACUCGGAAGAGCGAGCGCAUCGACCGCGAGAAGCUGAAGCGGGCGUCUUCGCCACGGGGGGAGGCUCCCAGGAUGUCCUCGGACCCAAAGACAUCGGCGAAGUCCCCCAGUCACGCCACGGACUCGGAGAGCAGCGAGCCCAGCCUGCUCGGGGGUCGGACGCGCCGCAGGAAUGUGCGUUCGGUCUACGCCACUCUGAAGGAAGAUGAGACCCCCCAGACCCAGGCGAAGGAGGUGACGGAGUCGCCCCGCUUCACCCGCAAACGAGGUGGGGACAAGGAGACGCCACAGACGGACACUCUGACGGCUCCUACCACUCCGCGGGGCAGGGGGAGGCCGCCCAAAACCCGCCGGCGGGGGGAGGACGUGUCGCCGGUCAAGGGGGACCAAGCAAAACCGGAGACCGAGGAGCCCAACAGUAAAGAGGGGAGCGAAGCGAGCAAAGUCGCCGAAGGGUGGCGAUCGCCCCGAACCCAGAAGGGCAACCCCAGCCAGGGCUCCUCGCCUACAGGGGCUCCCCAGGGAAGAAAAGGGGGGAAAGCGGAGAAAGCCCUCGAGAACCCCCCUCCGCAGACUGACAGCACGGCCAGCGAGGCUCCGGCCAUGCCAGACCCCCGGGAGGAGCUUCCGGAGGACAGCGGCAGAGCCAAGGAGGACGAAGCCAAGCAGGCGGCAGCGCAGAAGGGCAAGGAGAAGGAUGAGCUGGACGCCGCGGAGAAGAAGCUGAAUCAGGGCUUGGAGAAGGGGGAGCCAGCCUCCGCGGAGAAGCGGCCUCUGCCUGACAAGAGUGGGAAAAGCAAACCAGGGCGUGCGACCCGCAACGCCAAGUCGAUGGUGGACGAUAAGUCCCUGAGCUUGAAGAACUUGGAGAUUCGUCUCAGCGUGGACGACGUGAAGGGGGUGCUGCGUUCCAGCGAGGACGAGCCGGAGCCCUUUGAGGCCUCCCCCAAGAAGCCCAAGCCUGCACUCCUCAAAGAGGAGGUGCUGUCUCCUGGCUAUUUGAAGGAAGUCCCUGAGCUGAGCCCGGAGAAAGAGGAAGUGAUGUCGGACCAUGAGCCCCCAGCAGCUCCGGCGGCCGCUCUCCUGGCACGGCAGAUGGAGCUGGAGCAGGCAGUGGAGAACAUCGCCAAGCUGACGGAGGAGCCCACCCUGCUGCCCCCCUACAAGGAGCCACCCGCGGAGCCGCCCGAGCUGCCCCCCAUGGCGGAGGAGCCUGAAGGGGAGGUCGAAGGGGAGAAGCCGGCCAACCCCGCUAGUGAGACGGAGCUCGCUGCUGCCAUCGACUCCAUCACGGCGGAAGACAUUUCUGCCGACGCGGAUAGCUUCCCUGCUCCCGCGACCUACACUGCCAUCAUUCCAACCCCGGAGCAGCUGGUGCUGCCUCCAGCCAGCGAGGGCAUGGAGCCCGAGACGCACCUGGCCAUAAAGAACAUCCUGGACCCAGAGCCGGCCGUGACCAGCCACCUCCCAGCGACCAAGAGGAUGGAGACGGCUCCCGGGGAGGCGUCCACCCAGGAGGAGAGCUCUCCUCCAGCGGAGCAGCCGGAGACUCCCAGGAAAGGCAAGGUGAAAACCAAGGCUAGGAAGACCCCCCGCGCGCGCAAAGGCAGCACCAACAGGAAGGGAGAUCCAGUGGAAGAUCACGCCCCUGAGCUGGAGCCCAGUGCUGCCAAGCCCCCCGAGCCCGUCCCCGAGGCCGUGGAACCGGAGAAGCCCAAGGCGGAGACCGCCACACCAGCGGCCGCCACUGCUUCCUGCAAGCAGGAGGGGGGCAGGCCGGGCGCGGGUGCCGUCGAGGCGCCCAAGGAGGCUGAGCAGCCGCCGGUGGAGCAGCCCGAGCCCAGGGAGUCUGCGUUUCACGCCGGCAACAAAAGCCCCACUCCCUUUAAGCUGCAGCAGCCAGCCACCCUGGCGUCUCCCUCCCACAGCCCCUCGCCCACCAAGCCGAACGCGACGCCGUCACGGCCGGCCAAGCUGCCCAGCUCUCCAGCGGCCGCGGUGCCGGACUGGCUGGGCCGGUCCGAGGACUCUGGGGUUCUGUCCCCCCAGGUGGCAGGAGCAGCCCCAGCAGUAGCAGCGGUGGCUGUGGCGACCCCUGCAGCCGCCCCCCCUCUGCCCCCAGACACCAAAGCGUCCGACAUCGACCCCAGCUCCAGCACGCUGCGGAAAAUCCUCAUGGAGCCCAAGUACGUGUCGGCAGCCGGCGGCGGCGUGGUGCCCAGCACUGUGCUCACCACCUCCAUAAGCGACCCCCUCAGCAGUGCCCGGGUGGUGGAGGCUGAGCCCGCCCUGGAGGCCUCGAAACCUUCGCCCACGGAAGACAAACCGUCGCCGGCGCCGCCCCAGCCGCCCCCUCUGCAGCCCCCUCCUCACUCGGCCCCGGCAGCCGAGACGCAGCCCUUCGGCGAGAAAGUAGUCAACUCCGUCAUCUCCUCCAAAGCCACCUCCGUCAUCAGCCGCAUGCCGCAAGCCUUCGACUCCGAGGAGGCGCCCAGGAUCACCCUGGGAACCCGGGCGCCCAGCAUGUCGCUGCCCAAGCACAAGUUCAGGGCCAGUCUGAACGACAACAGCCGCUAUCACAUGGGCCCCUCGGGGCUGGUCGGGGGAGAGGAGGGGCGGCCGGUGGUGGAGAGCGCCCCCUUCAGCACGGGCUCCAGCCCCGGCCUGCGCGUCAACACCUCUGAGGGUGUGGUGGUGCUCAGCUACUCGGGCCAGAAGACGGAGGGACCCCAGCGGAUCAGCGCCAAGAUCAGCCAGAUCCCUCCGGCGAGCGCUGUGGACAUCGAGUUCCAGCAGUCCGUCUCCAAGUCUCAGAUCAAGCAGGAGCCAGUCACUCCCUCCCAGGUGCCGACCCCUAAGGGGUCCCAGACGCCCUCGGUGUACGGGGCGCCCCAUUCCGCCGGCGUGCUGGCUGGGCAGCCCUACGGCACCCAGCCCGUCAUCUCGUCCAUCAAGCAGGAGAGUCCCGGCGCUGGGUCGGACAAGGCCGACGCGCCCUACCUCUCGGGGUCGCAGGGCAGCGCUGUCAAGUUGCUGUCCCAGUCUGGGAGCCCCCAGGUCCUGGUGUACGGCCAGAUGGCCAUCAUGCAGCAGGCCGGAAAGAAAGGCGCAGGCUCGGAAGCUGUGUCCCUGAAGGUGGAAUCGGGGAAGCCGGCCCAGCCCUCCACCCUCAGCCCUGGGCUCAGCCCUCACCACCCGUCCCUCGCUGGCAACCACGUGGGCUCCAGCCCCAGCACCCCCACGGACAGGGCACUGCCCCACCUGGGAGGGGUCAAGCAGGAGCCCCACUCCCCCCGCACCUCCGGCCACUCGCCCUCCCCGUACCCCAAGGUGUGCCAGCCCAGCAGCAGCGCGGCCUCGGUGGUGCUGGGCGCCGGCAUGACGGUGCCGCAGUACGUGUCCAGCGUCCACCACCCGGAGCAGUCGGUCAUCAUGCCCCCCCACAGCGUCACCUCGACGGUGUCGCUGAGCCACCUCUCGCAGGGGGAGGUCCGCAUGAACACUCCGCCCUUGCCCGGGAUGGGGUACGGGAUGCGCCCCGAGUCGAUGUCCUCUCCCCGCUCCGGGCUUCAGCAGCAGAGGUCCAGCACGCCGCAGCCGGCCGGGCUCAGGGACAUGGUGCUGCAGCCCAUCCCGGCCGGCGAGGAGGACCUGCGGCCCUACCGCCGCCCCUCGGCCCCCCAGCUGCAGCCGGAGGUCAUGGUCAUGCAGCAGGACCACCGGCUGCCCUACAGCGGCCUGCGGCUGGACCCCUACAACAUGCCGCGCGAUGUGCGCAUCCUCAUGCACCACCAGAUCGGGGAGCACGGAGCCCCCGAGGGGCGGCAGUCGCGCACGCCUGAGGCAGCUUCCUCGUCGUCCUCCUCCUCCUCUUCCUCCGCGCCCACGUCCUCCGCCAAGACCCCCCCAGCAAGCAAGACCCCCCAGCCCGGGAAGGACACCUCCAAGCCCGUGGAGGUGAAGCUCACCCCCUCCCCACACAGCGAGAGCCGGAUUCUGGGCGUGCACCCCCCGGGGCUGUCCCAGCUGUCCCAGCCCGUCAUGGUGCCCCACGGCGUGCAGCUCAUGCACCCCACCGCGGGCUCUUUCACCGAAUACCCUUCCGUUUACCGGGACAUCCGCAACUUCCACUCCCAGUUCCCCGGCAUCAACCUGGCACCGCGGAGCGUGACGCCCUCGCAGGGCCUCCUGGAUGGGGAUCACGGGCACCCUAGCCAACCCAUGCGGAGCAAAACUCCCCAGGUCACAUCAGGAGGGGACCCCAAAACGGCAUCGGGCCCCGAGAGCACGCACCUGCGGCACACGGGCGCCAUGGACCUGCCUUCCCAUCUCCCGCGGGUGCAGGGAGAGGCUGCGUCUCCCUCUUACCCGUCGCCCGUGGCCAUCUCGAUGAAGCACGACCUGCCGCCCACGCCUGGCCAGAAGGCGCCCCAGGGCUCUCAGCAGCCCUUCCUGUCCACGCCCCCGCCCGCCCUGCCCGGCCGCUCCGAGGGGCAGCCGCUGGCCAAGGAGCGCCCCCACCGGCCCGUGGACAUGGUGCAGCUGCUCACGAAGUACCCGAUCGUGUGGCAGGGGCACCUGGCGCUGAAGAACGACACGGCGGCGGUGCAGCUGCACUUCGUGUCGGGGAACAACGUGCUGGCGCACCGCUCCCUGCCGGCGCCCGAGGGCGGGCAGCUGCUGCGCAUCGUGCAGAGGAUGCGCCUGGAGGCCUCGCAGCUGGAGGGCGUGGCCCGCAGGAUGACGGUGGAGAGCGACUACUGCCUCCUGCUGGCCAUGCCCUGUGGCCGUGACCAGGAGGAGGACAUGGUCAACCAGACGGCCUCCCUGAAGUCCGGAUUCAUCACCUACCUGCAGGCCAAGCAGGCUGCUGGCAUCAUCAACGUCCCCAACCCGGGGUCCAAUCAGCCUGCCUACGUGCUGCAGAUCUUCCCGCCCUGCGAGUUCUCGGAGAGCCACCUCUCGCGCCUGGCGCCCGACCUGCUGGCCCACGUCUCCAGCAUCUCUCCUCACCUCAUGAUCGUCAUCGCGUCCGUGUGAGCGCGGAGCCCCCCGGGAAGCCCUCGGCCCCUGCGCCCCCAGAGGCGAGGCUGUCGGGGAGAGGGAGGGAUACACGGACAUUUCUCCUGUCUUUAUUUUUAAUUUGGAUGUUUUUUAAGGAGUGGAUCAAUGGUUGCACUAUGUUAAAUCACGGACCUUUUACAUGUGAUGGAAAACCCGCGUUGCUGUUGUGCCACAGGGAGAGGAAACACGCAGGGCUGGGAGACAGUGGGGUCGCCCGCUGCCGCAGGGAAGACGGAUUCCGGAUUCCUGCUCCCGGGAGGCGCAGGGCAGGAACGGACGAUCCGUGCUGGAGAUGUACAGUUUACAGUUCAUUCCCUCUUUCCGGAUACUCCUUUUCUUGGGGAUAAGAUGUGAGGGACAUGCAGACCUCUGUAAAUAUAUAAAUAUUUAAAAGACUCAAAAAUAAUUAAAGGACUCCAGAGCGUUGGAAAAAAAAGACAUGAAAA